GAACUUGAAUCUCGAAAACAUACAGAACCAGUUUUCGAUAAAUUAAUUGUUACAUCCAAAAAAUGCUGUUUUCAUUUUAUUUUUACGACCGAAUUAUAUAACAAGCAAUUUAUUAUAAUAUUUGGAAGCAUUUAAAACUUUCGAUACUCUGUCAAGCUUUUUUAGAAUCGAGAAAAUCAAGAACCGGUACGUUGUCCUUGAAAGGUCUGUAACGAACAUUAUGAAAAAGUCAGUUCGAAUUUUGCUGGUUGGAGAUAGAGGGGUUGGAAAAACGUCUUUAAUUUUAACCCUUCUUUCGGAUGUUUUCCCUGAGCAAGAUAUUCCGCUAAGAUCGGCAGAAGUAACUAUUCCCGGUGAUGUAAAUCCUUUAGGUGUUCCUACUCACAUCGUUGAUUAUAACGCCGAAGAACAAGAUGAAAACUGUUUGUUCGAAGAACUUAUUGCCGCUGAUGUUGUGUGCAUUGUCUACGACGUAAUGGAUUUGAAUACUGUGCGAAAUAUAUCGGAUUAUUGGAUGCCUACAGUCCGUCAAGCAGUUCAAGAAGAAAGAAACCACGAAUCAGAUGAUUAUUCUUUAAGAAGACCGAUUGUUCUUGUCGGAAACAAAGCUGACGAUUUGAUCGAAUCAAACGUCGAAACUAUGUCAGACAUUAUGAAUACAUGGUCAGAAAUUGAGAGCUGCAUAGAAUGUUCGGCUAGAGCUAUGAAGAAUAUUACGGAGGUUUUCUAUUAUGCUCAGAAAGCGGUAUUGCAUCCAACAGCCCCCCUUUAUAUUCCAGAAAGGAGGUGUUUAUCGGAUAGAGCAAAGCAAGCUCUCUCUAGAAUUUUUCGUAUCUGCGAUGAAGAUAAUGAUGGUCUUUUAAUGCACUCAGAUUUAAAUCUUUUCCAAAAACGAUGUUUUGGAGUCCCCCUUCCUAAUAGAUCCCUUAAUGAUGUGCUCUCAAUAGUUAAAAGGCACAUAAAUGAUGGUGUAAUUGGUAACGGUUUAACUUUAGCUGGUUUUUUAUUCCUGCAUAGUCUCUUUAUACAAAGAGGUAGACAUGAAACAACAUGGACUGUUUUAAGAAAAUUUGGCUACGAUGAUCAGGUGGAAAUUAAUAAAGAAUACACCCAUCCUUCUCUUCCAGCCACUCGUUCAAAAGCAGAAUUAACUGCCACCGCAGUACAUUUUCUACUCGAGUUAGUAAACAAGUAUGAUGCAGAUGGAGAUGGAUGUCUUUCACCAACAGAGUUGCAUGCUUUCACUUCCACUACGUGCAAUCUUCCUCCUCCGUGGAAUUCAGAAGUGGCUGUUGAUAUGAAUGCUCAAGGGUGGAUUUCGACUAGAGGUAUUUUAGCUCAUGUAGCUUUAGCUUUAAGAGAAGAUGCAACUCGUACUCUAGAAUGGCUAGCCUAUAUGGGAUUCCCUUACUUAGAGGACAGCUGCUUAUUAGAUGCUGUUCAUUGGCCCUCCACUAAAAGAACAACUUUUGUUUGCGAUGUGGCCGGACCUCGGGGAGUAGGAAAAACCUGUUUCAUUCAAGCGUUACUUGGUCGAACCUUAAACUAUACCAUUGCUUCUAAUAUACCGGCUCAGAAAAAACCGUCUGUAGCAAUCACAAGCGUCAAUGUCUCCGGAACGAACGAUAACAUCUGGUUAAUACUUAAGGAAGUCGGAGAAGAACGACCAACCGCACAAAAGGCUGAUGCAGUCGCAAUACUUUACGACGUAACAAAUGCUCGCUCAUUUGAACAAUGUGCUCGUUUGUAUGAUGACUACGCAAGUGUAGGAGUUCCAACAUUAAUUAUCGCUGCAAAAUCCGAUCAAAACCAUGUACUCCAAGAUAGUGCACAACAACCCCUAGAUUUUUGUGUUAGCAGACGCCUUCCUCCACCAGCUCCCUUCACAUGCGUCCAAACAAUUACUUCGCAUACAUACAAUAAAGUAGCUGCAGUGUGCGUUGGAUGCCUAACCGAAAUUUCCACGUCUCCGCCUCCAGGAAACGCAGCCGCUCUUUUAACCGGAGUUGCUGUGGGAGUAAGCGCUGCGGCAAUCAUUGGUUUAGUGCUUCAUAAAGUUUGGCAAAGUCCUAAGCCAAGAACGCUCGCUAGGUUUUAA